AAGCGUUACGCCCUCAUUCAUCAUCUUCUUCUUCUUCUGCGUCCCCCCCACCACAUAUAUAAAUAUCAGCAGACGGCAAUAAUAUUUUUAAAUCUCGCAAAUCCCCGUCCUCCUCGUUCUCACUCGCCCUUUCUGUCUUUCUUUCUUCUUCAUUGUUUUUUUUUUUUCUGUGGGGGCUAUAAAAGAAGAGCGAUGAAUGCGAGCUGGGUUUGGGUUGUCUUGGCGCUGCGAGGAAAGCUCGUGCCGCGCGAUCAGGCCCCUUCCUUUCGCUCCCUCUGUUGCUGUUCCGCCUCUCGUCGCCGAUCCGAUCGGGGAACCGAUGCGACCGGGAUCUGAAAACCGAUAGGAGCACCGCGGAGAGACAGGCUUCCGUUUCCGACACUGUUUUCGCGAGCGUCACCGGUCCUUCUCUGAGCUUCGGAUUUCCACGUGGACUUGCAGUGGCGUAACAAUUUCCAUGUGAGUGAACGGUUGUGACGACGAAACCCCGAGGGCAUUGGCAAAGACAAAAUGGAGGUCGCUUCUUAUCAACCAUACAUCGAUCCCGACUACGAUACCCUCAUUGAAAGGAUUUAUCCCGCUCGGGUUUGCAUCGACAACGAGACCUGCCGAGACUGCACGCUCGUGAAGGUGGACAGCGCGAACAAGCACGGGAUCCUGCUGGAGAUGGUCCAAGUCCUGACAGAUCUCGACCUCGUCAUCUCCAAGUCGUACAUCUCCUCGGACGGCGGAUGGUUCAUGGACGUGUUCCACGUGACGGACCAGCUCGGCAGCAAGCUCACCGACGAAAGCCUCAUCCUUUACAUUCAACAGGCUUUGUGUGCGACGAGGAGAGGGGGUCUCUCCAAGGAACUACAAGCGUCGUCGCAGAGGAAACAUUUCGGGCCUCGCCACGUGUCCUCCGAGCACACGGUGCUGGAGAUGACAGGGACGGACCGGCCUGGCUUGCUGUCCGAGAUGUCGGCCGCCUUGGCUGAGAUGGCAUGCCACAUCGCCUCAGCGGUGGCAUGGACCCACCAUGCGCGGGCCGCGUGCAUAUUCUAUGUGGAGGACGAGGCGAGGGGCGGGCCCAUCGUGGACCCCUGGCGCCUGGCCCAGAUAAAGGAGAGGCUGGAGAACGUGGUCGAGGCCCACCACGACGAGGGGGAGAGGAGGAGCGUGAGGUUGACAGCUCCCGUGGCCGGGCGGAUGCACGCCGAGCGGCGGCUCCACCAGCUGAUGUUCGCCGAUAGGGACUACGAGCAGUGCCGCUGCUGCGGGCGCAGCGGUUGUGUGGGCAGUGGCAGCCGAGGAGGCGGGUGCGAGGGGGCCCACGUGUCGAUCGAGAGUUGGAAAGACAAAGGGUACUCGGUGGUGAACAUGCGGAGCAGGGACAGGCCGAAGCUGCUGUUCGACACCGUGUGCGCCCUAACGGACAUGCAGUAUGUUGUGUUCCAUGCAUCAGUUAGCUCAGAGGGCUCUUUGGCUAAUCAGGAGUAUUUCAUAAGGCAACAGGAUGGAUGCACCCUGGAUUCCGAGACCAAGAAGCACAAACUCACUCAAUGCCUCCUGGCCGCAGUCGAGCGCCGAGGGUCGCAUGGAUUGAGGUUAGAAGUGAGCACUCAGGACAGGCCGGGCCUGCUCUCGGAUGUGACCAGGGUGUUCCGGGAGAACGGCCUAUCGAUCACGAGGGCCGAGGUGAGGGUCCACGGAGAGCGAGCCAUUGGGUCGUUCCACGUGACGGAAGCUUCUGGGAACGAUGUGAACCUGAGCACGGUGGAACUGGUGAGGAAGGAGAUCGGGGGAUCGGUCGUGAUCGUAAACAAGUCCUCAGGAGCGAGCACUCCUCAGGGUCCAAUGUCAGCAUUGUCGGCGGGUCUCAUCAGCAGAAGCGGGGAUGAAAAGCCGAGGCUGUCGCUCGGAAGCCUUAUCUGGUCUCAGCUCGAGCGUUUCUCCAGCAACUUUGGACCAAUAAGGUUGUAAUGUGAAGGUAAUGUUUGCUGUAGACGAGUGUCCUUAGACAUGUAUUUUGUAUAUAAGGCUUGCAAGCACCUUGUCACUUGGUCAAAGUAGCCUUUAAGGGUAGCGCUUCCAUCUCCAGAUCUGUAAAAUGUCAAUGAAGUUAGUCUCUCCAGUUCAAAGUU